ACGAGCAAAGAGCCUCCUACAAUCAGCUUCAGUUCUUGCAGGGCCUCAAGUUUACGAUUGCAGGUGAAUCCACCUUGCGCUAAUCAGUCGAAAACGCUCCUUUCAUCAGUAAUGACAUCGCAAUUGAGGCUAGCCAGUUUGGUGGUAUUGGCCCUUUGGUCAACAUGUCUCUUACAAGGAACCCUUGGUGUUGGAUUGCACUCCAGAGGUUCGGGUCAAUUCCGCUACAACAAAACUGACGUUUCCCGAGAAGGAAAAGUUCUUUCUCUAUUUAACAUUGUCAAGUUCAAAAAUAGUGCUUGUCAGAGCAUAGAUCCUAUCAACGGGCAAGAACCUGGUUUCUGUUGUAUAGAGUACUCGGUAUGUCCAGAUCCGUUCUCCUUCACGUUGGAUAUUGACGACAAGUCAGAUUUUGACACCAAAUGUCAAAGCGAUGAUUACAUCUUCAUUGACGGGGGUCAAGGCUUUUGUGCCAAUGGAAAUGUCCCAAGUGCAGCCCCGAACAAGUUCUGUGGCAACAUGCUCAAUCCUUUCAACAGUGGACCGAAUGUGCCACUCUGUGAUUGCACCGCUCCUUUUCAAGUGGGUAUUUUCACGGAUGAUGACGUCAAGGAGGAGGGUACUGAAAACCCCAAUGAAAAGCGAUCACGAGGCGUGUGCUUAAACUACCGACAGGUCCCGUGUUAAUACAAAUACUAGAAAAUUCGUUGGCCAGCAUAAAAAAGGGAAAAAAUGUUGGAUCCUGGCAUAAGAUGUGAAAACAUUCGUUCUCUGCGAGAACUUAUUACUGUUUUGAUGCAUAUGAUACUGUAGCACGUUUAAUAUACCGAGUUAUUGGAGUUUUAAACUUUGUAUGACACCGAAAAGAAGGGGGAGCGGGCAAUCUUAUCGGUUGGGUUGAUCACUUGUCUCACAACAUGAAAUUAGUCAUAUCUUCAGCAACAAUUUAUUAUGUGGAAAGAAGUCAAAGCCAG